AAUCUCUACUGGUGAUGAUUGUUAUAAAAUGAUAGCAUGUGGAUACAACCAUUUGUUGAUGUUACGCCAAGAUGGUAAUGUUUUUGCCAUAGGUGAUAAUGAAUUUGGCCAAAUAACCGGAAGUUUAGCAUUAUCAUAUGAAACUUUGAUCGACACUGGUUUGGGAAAUAUUAAAUUAAUUACUUCUGGAUGGGAUCAUUGUCUUGUCCUCACGAAUUCCAAUAAACUGUAUUCAUGGGGCCAUAAUUCGAAUGGGCAAUUAGGUCUUGGUGAUAAAAUUGACCGUAGAAUGCCAUCACUCGUUUCAUUUAAAAAUGAUUUGAUUAACAAUCCGAUCAGAAGUAUCGCGGCCGGUGCAUUUCAUUCAUUAUUUUCACUCAAGGAUGGUCAGAUUUUUGGAUUUGGGUAUCAAGCCGGUAUCAGUAUCGAUGAAACUGUACCAAAAAAAAUACCUCUUGAAAAUGUGCAAAACGUUACAUGUAAAAAUAAUCUCGAUUUUUCAUUGGCUUUCGUUGAUUCAUCACAGUAUUAUGUUUGGGGUAAAGAUGAGAAUAGCUUCUGGUCACAACCUCAAAAAUUGAAUGGUCAAUUGAAAUCAUUUGCUGAUGCAUCAGCAAUGAUAUUCAAAUACCCAAUGACAUAUGGUUUAACAUCAACAAUUGAUGUGUUCGAAUCAAAUUGUCCAUUAUUGAACAGAUCAAUCAACCAAUUAUUAAAUAAUCCGAAAAAUUAUGAUUUUGAAUUUAUUAUCGGUGAUAAACGUAUAAAGACAUGUAAAUCAUUUCUAAAAUCGGCAUCUACAUAUUUUUUACGUAUGUUUUUUCGUAAUUGGCGCCACAAAGAUAGUGUAACCAUCGAAUAUUAUUCCUAUGAUAUUUUUUAUUCUUAUAUUCGAAUGUUACAUGAUGGCUAUAUUCGAAUCGAUAUAAACAAUAUUGCCGAAUUAAUUGAUUUGGCACAUUUUUACGAUGAUAAACAAUUGAUGGAAUAUUGUCAAACAUUUAUUCAUAAAAAUCUUACUCAACAUUCGAUCAAUUCACUUAUUCCAUUGAUAAUCAAUUAUAAAUUGGAUGGAUUCAAUGAUGAUCUUUAUCAUUUUAUAGCCGAAAAAACUUUGCCAAAAUUUUGUAACAAUUUACAGAUGGCCGAUGAAAAUACUAUAAAUCAUUUUCUUAAUUGGUUCUAUUAUGAACAAACAUUUUUUUAA